AUGGCGUGCUUUCUGGAGGGAUGUCAGGAAGACGAUGGCUUUAAGAAGGACCCGUGUACUGUGUGUGGAAGGCUUAUACAUCACAUGUGUGCUAUUGGCGUCUACGAAGGCAGCGAUUCGGCACUAAAUGAAAGUCCUUCUUGUGUGCGUGUCGUGUAUCCAGAGGUCAGCCCACCUGCGUCAGCUUCCGCCACUGGAAAACGGACAGCCACGCCUGGUGGAUUAAGAGAUAUCUGGGAGGGUACCGACUCGGACUUCACCCCAUCUCCAGAUCUAUCUGGGGUCAAGGAUGACGAUCGCGUAGUGAAGCGGCGGAGAACUGCUCCAGGCCCUGCCGUAAAGGCCUCGAAGAAGAAGACACCUCUGUCUACGCAGACCAAUGCUGGGAAGAAGAAAGCAGCUCCGCCUUCAGAGGCUGCCAACAGUCUUUUCACGGCCGCACCGGUACCGCUGUCUGCACCUCCGAUGUCAGAUCUUGGUGUGCCACUUACCGUUAAGCACGCGAGGAAAGCGGGCACUACAGACGAUAUCUGGGAUCUCAUCCACACGCUGGACGUGCCGUACAAAAAGCAAAACCCUUGGAGGCCGUCCACCCAACUAUAUCGCAACAUCUGCCUGUUGUGCUGCGAUACUAUCAAGUCCCGCUCCAAGACGAACCCAUAUUGUUGGGAAGCGGCUCUCAGGAAUACCAAGAACGCAAGCAAUGCAAAGGAUCACAUAAAACUAAAGCACGCCGACCAUCCUCUUGCCAUUCACGCGGAACAGAGUGCUACGGAUAAGUCCAGGAAAGAUGUCGAGUCCGCCGAAGUGGAUUCCGCGUCCGUGUUGGACCUGACACGGGAUCCGGAUCAAAACCAAACGUCCAUUACUUCUCCUGACGAGGCGAUACUGGUGUCAGGAGGAAGUGCUUCUAAGCCUUUCUUCCGAGUGAGCGAGAAGACUUUGAACGUUCUCGUCUCGAAGCUCUUGAUCUCACAGGGACUACCGUACACGUUGUGUGAGUCCGCCGCUUUCAAGGACCUCAUUCGCGCUGCUACUGGAAACCCUGCGUUUCAAGUCCUGGGCCGCGACAGGCACGACCGUCUACUAAAUGGCCACUUUCAGCUAUUUUGCGAAUUGGUAGGUGAAUCGCUGUCCACUGAGUACGAGAAAGCUUGUAAUAUGACGUUUCUCAAUCUCAUUCACGAUAUAUGGACAAGUUGUGGAAAGGAUAACAUCGUAGGUGCAUCUGUCGCCUUUAUUGACAGUUUGUGGAGAUUCUGCUUUAUUGCGGUACUCGUCUGCGUGAAGAAUGACGGCCACAACGCCCCAGCCGUCGCUAAGGUCAUCGAGAGUGCGUUUAAAUCACGGUUCAAUCUGGAUAUUCGCUCAUUGACUCGAUACACCAUGUCGGACACGACUCCAUCAGCGAAGAACGUCGCUGAUCACAUCGACACUGAGCAAGAUAAUUGCUCUAUGCACUUGUUAAACCUGUGUAUUGGAUACGGUAUCGGCCUCAAAGACAAUAUUCAGACGACGACUGUCUGGAACGAAUUUACAGGAUCGUGGGACAAAAUAGCUACUACGGUAACACCCGGAGGUGCUCUGUACGAAGGCGGGGACGUGAUUCACAAGAUUCGCAACCUGAACAACCACUUCCGGUCGCCAAAACAGCGCAAUGCAUUGAAGAAGAUCCAGGAGGCCCUCUCAUACCCAGAACUGGAGCCGAUGACGGAGCAAGACGUCCGCGUUGCAUACACAUGCAAACUUAUUAGAAGGUCUGUCGUCAAUUACGGAGCUUUUGAUGCUUACUUCCAGUCUACGAAGGAUUCUACUAGCUCAUGGAGCGCUCUGACCGCUAAGGAUUGGACGCUUGCUGUCGAAAUGGAGGCAGCCACCAAUUUCAUAGCCAAUCUUACUCUGGUAGAGGUGCAGAGCGAGAACCUUGUGUCGUCGUACAUGGUUAUGUUUCGGCGGCUUGCAGAGAACAAGUUGAAGUCAUUCAAAUUUGAAGCCAUGGCUAUUGAGGCUCCUGGAGCCAAGGAUGCUAGCGAAGCGAGUCAUCGUCGAGUGACGAGGACGAGAGACCAGUUCUCGGACGCUGGUAAGACAUGUCUCCGAAGAACUCUCAUGCAGCUGCAGGCUCGUUUUCCCAAGGUAACCACGGAGUCGAUGACAUGUGUUCUGCUGGAUCCUAGGACAAAGUCCAGUGCGAAGAAGAUUGCCGCCGUCGGAGCACCUAUUCGGGCUACAAAGACAAGAGACGAGCUAAAGGAGACGGAGAUCAUUGCCAGAGCCGACGCUGUACUGCGAGAGUGGAUUGAUUUAGAACAAGAGUGGCUCGAGGCCGCCCAACGCCAGAGCCCCAAGAUCAAGAUUGAGGACUUGUCGAAGGACAUGUCGAUUGACGCACAGAGCGGGAUGCACUACGCUCUGUUGGGCCUCUACAAACAUAUAGAUGUGCUAAAGUGGUUUUGA